AUGGCUUCAAACCCCUUCAACUUCAUAUUCUUCCUCUCUUUACUCUCACUGGUGGUGGAGCAUCAUGGAAGUGUUGAAUUGAAACAGUAUCCAUUGGUGGUAAGCACAUGGCCGUUUAUUGAAGCUGUUAGAGCUGCAUGGAGAGCCGUUGAUGGUGGUGCUUCUGCUGUGGAUUCCGUUGUUGAAGGUUGCUCUACUUGUGAGGAACUUAGGUGUGAUGGAACAGUUGGUCCAGGUGGGAGUCCAGAUGAAAAUGGAGAAACUACAAUGGAUGCUCUGGUCAUGGACGGGGUGACUAUGGAAGUAGGAGCCGUUGCUGCCAUGCGAUACGUAAAAGAUGGAAUCAAAGCUGCUAGGCUAGUGAUGCAACACACUGAACAUACUUUGCUGGUUGGAGAGAAAGCAUCCGAAUUCGCAAUUUCAAUGGGUCUUCCAGGACCAACAAACCUGAGUUCAUCAGAAUCUAUAGAGAAAUGGACUGAAUGGAAAAAAAGUAGCUGCCAACCGAAUUUCAGGAAAAACGUAUUACCCGCGAAUAAUUGCGGUCCUUAUCGUCCAAAUAACUAUCUAGACCUUUCUGAUGAAACAUGCUCCGUUAUCGAUCAAAGUCAAAUACCAACAUUACCUCAUGUUGGUCUUCACAGCCACGAUACCAUUUCAAUGGCUGUUAUUGAUAGAAUGGGACACAUUGCUGUUGGCACAUCAACUAACGGGGCAACAUUCAAGAUUCCUGGAAGGGUAGGUGAUGGUCCAAUAGCUGGAUCCUCGGCAUAUGCUAUUGAUGAAGUUGGCGCAUGUUGCGCAACUGGGGAUGGCGACAUCAUGAUGCGCUUCCUUCCAUGCUAUCAAGUUGUGGAAAGCAUGAGGUUGGGAAUGGAACCUAAACUCGCCGCCAAGGAUGCAAUAGCGCGAAUAACCAAAAAAUUUCCAAACUUCGUGGGAGCUGUCGUUGCCGUUAAUAAAACCGGGGAACAUGCCGGCUCCUGCCAUGGUUGGACAUUUAGAUAUUCAGUAAGGAGUCCUGCAAUGAAAGACGUAGAAGUCUUUACCGUGCUACCUUGA